AGCGAACCCGGAUGAGUUUAGGACCAGGAGGAAGCCGGCGGCAGACAGACACGGGUUUUAAACCCGCAGCACCGUGGAGAAGUUCAGCCAGUCCCACCAGCUCCGUGCGUCCUGACGCAUCCACAGGACAGCAGCCAUGGGAGCAUCUGAGAGCCGCUCCGAGCACCAGUACCACCAGCUGAUGGAGAAAACAGGAUUUUCACUGGAGCAGAUUAAAAAUCUUCACAUCCGAUUUCAGCAUCUGAGUGGAAAUGAAGAGACAAUAAGGAGAGAAAACUUGGACAGCAUACCUGCUCUGGCUGAGAACCCUAUCAAAAAGCAAAUCAUUGACGCAUUUUUUGAUAAAAGAAACCAGCAUGAGAAUGAAACCGGAUCUUUUGACCAGAUCGGUUUCGAGCAGUUCCUCAUGGUCAUGUCUCACUUCCGACCCCCGACUUUAAAAACCAACGAGGAGGAGAAGAUGGCGAUGAGGAAGGAGAAAGUUCGCUUUUUGUUCAACAUGCACGACACCGACAGUGACGGCAUCAUUACUCUGGAGGAAUACAGGAAGGUUGUCAUGGAGCUUCUGUCAAAAAGUGGCGCCAUGGGGCCGGACGCCAUGGGGCCGGACACUGCCAGGGCCAUAGCAGACGCUGCCAUGUUGGAGGUGGCGAGCGCCAGUGAGCCUCAAAUGGGCCCGAAUGACUUCUACGCAGGGAUUACGUUGGAGCAUUUCGAACAGAUGUUACAGCGCCUGGAGCUAGAGUCCAGGAUGUACAUCCGUUUUCUGGAUGUCAACACAGAAACGAUGCAUUGUGGGAAAGCAACCAUGUGAAGGACUUGUUGUUUGAAGGAAUUCUUUAUGUCGCUGCUGUUUUUUGCAGAACUACCUUCCGUAAAAUUAAGCCAAAGACUUGUAACAUGCACUAAUAUAUUUUUAAACGUGUAAACUAAUUUUAAUGUUUGUUUUUAUAAUAAGUAUCUCUGCUUGUAUGUUUUAGAAAUGUGUUUAUGUUGAAUGAACCUGCAUGUGUUGAUCAUGCAUUGAUGUCCUUUUUUUUUUUUGAAUCAGUGCUGCCUGAGGGCCUGAAGAUCACUGACUUUCAGCCUGACUUUUCAUACAGGUUUCUACAGAUUCUUCAACAUUUCUAAAAAUGUUCACGUCAGAGGAACUCAGUCAUCUGACAUUCACGGGUCGACUGCUGUGCUUCCCAUUGUGAAGCCUGCAGGCUCGUACCAUUCCUCUGCAGAGCCAGAAGAAUGGGGUAUUUUAUUCCUGCUGGGACUUAAUAGUUUUUGUUGUAAAAUAGGAUAUCAAUCAGGAAAAAAAAGUCUGGAUUUUGUAGAAAAACUGAUGGACGUAAACACAUUUUAUUGAGAAAAUCAAGCUAUUAAUGCCUUUUUUUAUUGUUGGGCUGCAGAACUGCACUGUGUCAAAUCUAGGAAGUAAAACAUUGAAAAUAAAUAUGCAGUGAAGUUUUACAUGUGUGAUAAGGAGUUGCAAGAGCUUCAUUUGAGCACUGAAGUACAACAUUUAAAAAGCUGUCAUUUAAAAAGAAUAAUAAAAUUUAAAAAAA